AUUUCUUGGUCGCCAUUUUCCUUUUUGCAGCAAUUUGUUGCUGGCAUGUCAUACAUCAGCCACACAUCCACACACAGUGAGGAAAAACUAAGAGUUAAGACCGGGAUUAAAGGAUUUUUUGCAUAUGAAUAAAUAGGUAAAACUCUUCUGAUGAAGAAAUCUAAAACUGUUGUCUACAGAGUGUAAUAAAUGGCUGCUAAAAAGAUUUCUUUCCUGUUUUCAUAGCUUUUAUUUUUCAGUGAAAAACCACCAGAAGCCAUGAAGAAAUAUUGGAACUCGGAAAAUGUCUUUUUCUGCCCGUAGUGUGCAUAGUUUUCGCUGUUUUGGCCAAGAGCCGUAAGUGCACUAGGCCCAGAAGAAGAACAAGAAGUGGAAAGAGAAACUGUUGCAUACUUUGUAGCGUAUUCCACUUGGGCAUGUCCUUGGUGUUUGUGCCGUUAAAUUUUAUUUUCAUUACAAAUGCGUUUGUUGUUUAUGCACUCUAUGCGCCAACUGAAACUGAACUAAAAGUAAGGCAGCCAAACAAAAAGUCUUACCACUUCUCGACUAUUUUCACAGUUGUUCUUAUUGCAGCUGUUUGCAUUUGCUUUUUUUUUUUUGGUAUUUUUUGUUUUUUGUUUAGUUUGUUGUUUCACUGGCCACGUUUUUUGUUUUGUUUUUUUUGUUUUGCCAUUUCUGUUGAUUUCGUUUUGUUUUGCAUUACAAAUAACUUUUUUGCAGUACGUGCGAGCAUUUUAACAUUUCAACAUUUUCAUUGCGUCUCGCAGGGUGAAGUGUUCAAAUUUAUGCGCAUACAUUGUUAGGGAGCAUUCAUUCAUGCGUUUCCAGUUCUCAGUUCACAGUUCCCAGUUCCAUAGCUUCAUAGUUGUUGUGUUCCAAAAACAUAGCAAACGCCCCCCAAAUGCAGUUGAUUUCACGAUUCAUGCAUAAUUACGAGGAUUCGUAGCUCACACAAAAUAGAGCAUGCAUAGACUUUCGGUAUGACCUGCAUAUAUAAAUCAAACGUGGAAUUCCAAAUGACACCGAAAUAUAUUGUAUCACUGUUCUCUCUCUCUCUCCCUCUGCGAUGUUAAUCACGUUUGCUAUAUCUAAUCCUAGGGAUUCACAAACAUCCCCUGGACGAAAAUCAUAAAUGUGAUUGGGGGGGGACGCUUUGAGUUUUAUAUUUAAAUUACUAAAUCAUGGCUUGGAUGCAUAGUUUUUCCACAGUUUUUUCGGUAUCAUUAAAGUGGAUUUAAUUCUCGCAAUAAACCUUCAUUCUAGCAUUCAAAACUUUGGGAUGGCAAAAGCUUUUAACACGAAAUGUUAGCCCCCUGCAAAAGUUUAGGCAUUAGAAACCCCAAAAAUGUUAAUGCCACAAAGUGUAAAUUGAAUUCAAGUGUAUGAGAAGGAAGUCCUGCGCUCUGGCCGCUAGCCAUUAAGUUUAUGUGGGAAGUUGUGACAUUUCUUUACUGGGGUCAAUUAAAGCAAUUAAAAUUCGUAGUUGGCCGAAUAGGAAAAGUUGCUAAGCUGGAAAAUAUGCUACGGUUUCAGAGAUUCCAGCUGUGGAACUUUUUCAUAAGCUGCGCGAGAUUUCAACAAUGAGAAGAAUUAAGGAAUGACGUAGAUUAAAAGUGGAAGGAAAUUUCUUUAUAAUGCCUAGAUGAUGAUGUUAGAAAAUCCGUAUAUAUAUUUAAAAGCGUGGCUGUGCCUAGUCAUUAAAGUGUCACUUAACAUGGCGCUGUCAAUGUAAAUGCGAAAAUAAAAUACACUCGGCGAACUCCAAAUUAAUAGCCCGCAUCUCAUUGUUGUAGAGGAGAGAUGACGACGAUGAGCCCGCCAGCCAACCAGGCAGUAAUUAAAAGAUUAAUUUUUAAUGCGCGCUUAGUCAAAAUGCGAAUGUGUUCCUGUGUAUGUGUGUGACUCCAUAAAAAUAAAGGGAUUUGUGAAAACUAGUACACACACACUCGGAUAUACCCACCGACUAUAUGCCCCCCAUAUGAACAUUCUCACACAUUGUAAUUUAUACCCCGGCUCUCGGGUUUCAUCAUCAUCUGCCAGGCGAGUUUAUGAACCAUUUUCACUACUCCCAACUCCGAAGCACAUCCUCCUCUCUCUUUCCUUCUUGUUUGGUUUUGUUAUUUUCCUUUUGUUUAAUUUUUUAUUAUUAUGCUCUUGGGCUCUGCUGUUUUUAUACAUUUUCCUUCUUUUUUUUUUUUUUAAUUCUGGCCGCGCUUGCAGCUGCAAAUGAAAUGUGUGUGUGAGCACACCUUUAAAUUUUUAAUGCAGUUUGCCGUCCUCUGAUUUUACACUCAUUUCACCUGGCUCAACAACGUUCGCGCGUCCUUCCAGCGCACUUGAUUAAAAAAUCAGAGGACAUCGAGUGGAGGCGGCCCGAAAGGAUGUCAAUUAAUAAUUGAAGAGAGGCAAAAAAAAUGUAAAUAAAAUUUACGCUUCUCAGUCAAAUAUAAAAGUGUGAAAUAUUCAAUCAGGAGUAAUAAUUUAUUAUAUUUUGUAUUAUAAUAAAUGCGUAGCAAAACAAAAGUGAGAUUUAUUGGUGUGCAAUAAUUUAUUACGUAUACGUACGUGCAAGCCAAUUAAGGGGGUUUCCCCUCAUGAAUGCAAUUCGCGAAACAAUAAAUUUAUAGGGUAUUUCCUCUCGAAAAAAUCCCUUAUUUAUACCGACUCUUUGGCCAUAAGUGAAAACAACAUUAAUCGCCAUUUUCCGCUCAUUUCUCUCCAGCUUAUCAACGCUCCUGUUCUGUCAACAAAAACCAGAGCUCUCCCCUCCUCGUUAUCAUUCCUCGUUCGCUGCUGUGUUGGCGGUUCGUGCACUAUCAUUAAUAUUUGAAAUGCAGAAAAGUUCCCAACACUUCUCCCUCUUGUUUUUCUGUUUACAGUCUCUAGCGACAAAGCGGGCGCAUAAUUAGCUGCACAACAACAUCAGGGAGAAACAAAUAAAGCGCCAGCAAACUAACUUGGACAGCCAAUUAGAGGAAAAGAGCGAGCCAGCGAAAGGCAGGCCCAGGCCCAGAUAGAUAGAAUCCCAAGCACAGGCCAAAAACGUUACUCAACCGAAUAAACUUGACAAAUUACAUGGUUCGUUGCCGAAACUCAAACCAACACAUGUGUAAAAUGAGGCACAAGCUUCGGCAAUUGUUUUUGUCGCUUAAAUCGAAAACAAAAGGUAAAAAAUGCUGAACAAAAAAACUCCGAUUAAAUUGUAGGGUGGAGCCAUUGUUAACUUAAAUCUGUAAAGUUUUUUCAGGUGAUAGGAUUUAAAUAUCCAUUUACCUUAUUCUCCUCGUUUAAUAUGAUUUUUCAUCAUAUUUUCUUUCUCUGCAAAAAUAGUGUAGAUUGCAGUAUGUUGGGGCUAGCUCACCAUAGGUGACCUAUCACGCCACGCCCUUUUGGCUUUCUGAUAGUUAGCCUUCUGGCCCCAGCAGUUAACCAAGCGUAUGACUAUCCGACAUUUACAUCUGUGGCUAUGUAACUGCUAUUGUUGAUGAUUUCUCCUCUCUUUCCUAUUUUUUACAUUCUCUUUUUUUCUGUACUUUUCCUUGUGACAUUGACUGCCUGAACUAAUAACCACAUGAGCCUAAAGCCUGAUUAAACUGCGGUUAAUGAGCUCUCCACCCUCAAAGCAACUCUCCACACAUGGAAAUUAAUCCCGAAAGCGAGGGUGGAGGUGGUGGAGUGACAGCCAGGUGUGCGCACUGGUUCGUUACAGUUGUCGCAAGGUGUUUUGGCUAACCACAUGGCACAGGUUUCAUUCGCGGCACUGACUUUGGUAAUCGAGUGGCUCGCAUCUCAAAUGACAACCGCCGAGUGAGCACUUGACCUUGCCUUGUGGUGGUGUUGGGUGGGGUGCUUACUAAGGUUGCAAGAUGAGCAAUCUGUCGAAUGUUUUUCAAUAUUUACAUACUUCUACCAUAAGUUUACUGUCAAAAUUCGAUGUACCUUUACAUAUUUGGAAUUUUAGAUGACAAAUUGGAGAGUAGAGCACUGCAGAAAAUCCAGGGAACCCAUAAAAGCUGCGUUACCAUCAUUACCAGAUGCCUUCCAAGAAAUCCCCCCGAGUCGCAAAGCAACAGCUUAAUCCGUACACGCGCUUUUUCAAUGCCCAGAAAGCCCUUCCGACAGUCGGCAAUAAUGGCCAAAGACCAGAUAUCUACAAUCGCGAAAGCGUCUAUGUCGUGUCCAAUAAGCAGCGCGGUAAGCGACGAACAGGUCGCGAAACCAAUCAACCCACCUGGCAACGAUUACGUAGCGCUGGGGGCGGCGCUAACGAAGAUCGCUUCAUGGUCGUUACGCAGGAUAACACUCAACAGCCAAGAGAUAAACCUGUGUUGACCGCCUCCCAGCUAGAUGCCAUUUGCUAUGACGUUAUCAAGGAGCCGCCAAUGCAAUUUCAUGUAGAUGGCACCGACAUAGCGCCCAGUAUCCGUGGCUUGAGACUAAGCGUCUGUGUGGAGCACACUCGAUUCCAAUUGGUGGCCAAGGUUACCAGGAAUAUGGGCUUCCAGCAUGUUCCCGAGCAUAGGUUGUGGAAUAUCCAAUGGUCGGACUCCACACCUCAUCACGAUCUCCUGCGAAACAUGAAGCGCUUUCAGCAAAUUAAUCAUUUUCCCGGCAUGGUUGAGAUAUGUCGCAAGGAUCUGCUGUCUAGGAAUCUCAAUCGAAUGCUCAAGCUUUAUCCGGGAGAUUAUCGAAUCUUUCCCAAGACCUGGCUCAUGCCAACAGAUGCCUACGAUGUGGCCAUCUAUGCCGCCAAACACAAGCGAACCUUCAUCCUGAAACCUUAUUCUGCCGGCCAAGGACGUGGCAUCUGGAUAACCACCGAUCUUCGCACUGUGGGCAAGCGAGAGAAACUAAUCUGUCAGACCUACAUAGAGAGGCCCUUACUAAUCGAUGGCUACAAGUUUGACCUGCGGGUCUACACUCUAGUCACCUCAGUGGAUCCUUUGCGUAUUUUCGUUUACAAUGAAGGCCUCGCCCGUUUUGCCACCCAGAAGUAUGUGCCACCUACAAUAAACAACAGCCACAAUGUUUUUAUGCACUUGACUAAUUACUGCCUGAAUCGCCGGAACUCUCAGUACAUGGUAGGCAAUGGACCAGAAGCUGGCUCUAAACGGAAACUGAGUGCCUUUAAUAAGUGGCUGGUGGAUCAUAACUACGAUGUGGCCGAGUUCUGGGCUAGUGUAGAUGAUGCAAUCAUCAAGACCUUGAUCAGCGCUUGGCCCACUUUGAAGCACAAUUACAAUAUGUGCUUCCCGAAGCACGAUAAAAUACAGGCCAGCUUUCAGUUGCUGGGUUUUGAUAUCCUGGUUGACUGGAAACUGAAGCCGUACAUACUAGAAGUUAAUCACACGCCUAGUCUGAGUGCAGACGAAUCGGUGGACAUGGAAGUGAAGCGUCCACUCAUUCGGGAUACUCUAAACAUGCUCAGCACAGCUUUGGUGGAUAAAGAACAGAUCAUUCGGGAUGAUCGUUCAGAACACAGGGCGAGAUUGCUGAGUAAUAUCUAUAAGAAAAAGGCAGCUGCCCAAAUUCCCGGCUAUUCGUCGCCAAACCGUGAAGUUGGUGGCAGCGAUGCACGGCAGGCCUGCUCCAUCGGGGCACUAACCCAGCAGAUUGCCUGGGAGGAGAGUCACUUGGGCAACUACCGACGGAUUAUGCCUCCCAGAGAUUCUGAUAAGGUCAACUACUAUUGCAAGUUCUACGAACAGAAUAAGCAACCCAUGUUCGCUGAUACACUUGCUAGUCGGCGACGAGGGGAACUAAAUCACCAGACGAUACAGAGACACCAACGCGAGCGACAGCAGCAUCUGUUCCAGCAACAGCAGCUCCUGAGCCAGCAAAACCGUUGGCCAGGUGACACGUUGCAAUCCCCUCGGAUAAAUCCUGUGAUCCUGCAGUCGAGGCGGCGACGUGAGGAGGCCGAGGCCCAUGCCAAAAAGCAUCGAGCUCUGAUCGCCCGGGAAAUUCAGCGUCAGAAGGAGCAGCUUUUAGCCCCCACUUGUGCCAAGGAGCGUUUGGGCAUCUGGCAGAGUGUCCGUCGGGAAAAGCGUCACAGGUAUUCGCCGAAACGCAGCAACAGCAUUACCAAAGCCCAUCGCCGUAAGCAGCACCGGAAUCUUAACCAGCGAAUACGUCAUCAACGGAUGCUCGAAUUAGAGGCCCAGCGGGAUGCCAAGUUUCUAGAGCAACACGCCAAACAUCAGCGACUUCAAGGUGGCAGGGUAAUAGAUCAAAGUGAAGCAAAGAGCAGGAUCAGUUUAAAGAGCAAAAGCAGCCUGAAAAAUAAGCACAAGACACCCAAACACAAAAGAAAGCCAAUACUGCGAAAAAGCAGUCGCAGUUUAAUGACCAAGUCUAGGCAAGAUCUUAACUUAACUGGUGCCCAGACUCAACAAUCCAUUCACUGGAAGGCGGGCAACAUCAGCGACCUGGAAACUAAUCAGCAUCUCAGUUGGCGGAAGGAGAGGGCCACUCAGUUAAAUAACACGCGACUAAGGGAAUUGAUAUUUUCAAAAAUGUAUGAAAACGGUCACCUGACCAAGAACGACAUCAAGUGCUUUCCAGACCUGCUGUACCACAUACUCAGCAAGGAUUUUAACGAAACGCAUACAGGAUAAAUGUAUCUUUGUCUAUGGUUUUCUGUAGUGACUUAAGUGUCUCGUCUUCCCAAGCAAUGGUAUUUUUGAAAUUAAAAAUGACUUCUAACUUCCUUUUACACAAAGAACAAAGUUUAUUCGAUUUUUAGUAAGGUGAAACCAAUCAAAGUUCAAUAGGCCCUACACAUCGUAAUCUUUUGUUUUGCAUAUUUCCAUAAAGGCAACUUUAUGCGAGAUUUUCUGACACAAACGGCGGCGAACAUAAAAGAAACGCAUAAAAAAGUGGCAGUGAGUGCUGAAAAUGGGAAUGGUUGGGAAGUAGGGAAAGCCAGCUCAUCGAUUUGUCAAACUUGCAAAGCAAAGAAAAACCGCCACAGGAAGCUGAAUCUAUCCUCCUUCAAAGCACUAAGAAAAAUAGGUGGAAACUUGAUUUAGUUUUUAGUAUUAAGAAGACUUUUCGUUUUAGAGCUUAGCUUAAGCUUUUUCUUCCAGUGCACGCUCCCCUUUUUUCACAGUAGUUCCAUUUGCCGAGCAUCUUUGCCAUCUUUGAUGGGCGCAUGCAUAAACAAAAUGCAAUACAAUACGCGGCAUGGGAGCCGUACAACGUGCAUUAUUGAAAACCUCAGUUGCCACGAGCCACGCCUCCUCUCUACCCUUAUUUGCCCCCCAUUUUUUCAUCCUUAUCCCAACUCUGUCCCCUCUUCUUGUGAGCCUCGAAAGCUGGAUGGAGGAGGCGGUUUGGAUGGGUUUUGGUUUGGUUUAGGUCUAUGGCUUUGGCUUUGGCUUGGGCUACAGCUUCGGCUUUUGCCGUCACCGCAUGUCCUUCGCUGCAUAUGAAUAACCCCCUGAACGCCCAUUCCGCCCACCUAACUCGUUGGCUUUUGCCAGGCUACGCAUUAUGGUCUGCUGGAUGCUGCUGCUCCUGCUCCUGCAUGUGUCACAUAUUGCAAAAGCUGCAGCUGCCGUUACACAUUCCUGGGCUUUGGCUUAUGGCUGACUGCUGCUGCAUUUUGCCUUAUAUUUUUUUUCUUUUUGCUUUUACCAUCUCUUUUUUUUCUUUCGCUUACCAACAAAGUCGAACAGCGUUCUGAUAAGCCGCUUCAAAAGAGGGUUUUACAUAUGCCUCCUCUCUCCUGGGAUCGGUUGCAUUUGCAUUGUGGCUGCAACGCCUUCUGGCCUCCAUGCUAAUACAUUAUUGAACAUUGUUGGCCCUGCGAUGGUGUCAGCUAAUACCCGUCGUCGUUGCAACUUUUAUUGCAUUUUUUUGCGAUAUUUUUUGUUGUUGAUUUUGUUGUUUUAGUUGUUGUUGGUAGCAACUCUUAAACUUUAACAUCUCUUGGCCUUUUGUUGCCGAGUGUUUGGUUGUGCACAACUUUAUCAUCCAUCUAUCAUCUGGUUUUUUUCCCAUACUCCUCUGACUUUUUGUUGGCCACUUUGCCUGCACACACACACACACACACACACACACCCACACAGACAUAUGUUUGCUGAGGCAAAUUUCCUUUGAUGCUUUUAGUGUCUUCUUAUUAAAAAGUUUUUAAUCUUAUCCCGAAAGCUUUUUGUUCCAUGCGGAUAAGCGGCACUCCCUUCCCUGGCCAACUUGCCACCAUCUCUUUGCUGCGGAAAUGAGCCAGGCGGCAUAGCUCUGGAAAAGUUUGACUCACAGCUCACUUUACUUUUCGUUUCGUUUUGGCAUGUGUGAGUGUGGAAAUUGUAGUGGAUGGGAGGAGGGCUUGCCAAAAUGGGUGUGGCAGUGGGAGUCUGCAUUGUUGACAGAAGUUCCGGAUGCUAUUAGAGGUCGUUUAGUUUGCGAUUAGUUAAGCCAAAGCUAGUUGGAGCGUGUGAUGGAGCGUUCCUAGCCGACGAACGUGCCCGGCCCAAGUUUUCCGAAAAGUUUCCGGAAACAGUUUUCUUUUUGGCCAUGCAUCUUUUGAGUGUUUCGAUGGAUGGCAAGGGGGAAAUUGCAUUUGGCAGAGAGAAGCGCAUAUAAAUUCAUUUUUAAACAGUCUAGAAGAGCGCUUUAUAAUUUAGUGUCUAAGUUUGAUUUAAGGAAGUUUUAUGCACAUUAAUAAAUACUUUUUUUAGAUGUUUACUAUUUGUUUAAAAGUAUCUUCGGUUCGGUGAUUAUGUAGUCUGCUACCAAAAUCUUUUGAACAAUCUGGCGAACCAAUUAAUCUCUGCACGUGAUCUCAACGCGUGAAAUGAACCCCUGCCUGGCCAUAUCCUUAAAUCAUACUUCUUAUGACACAGAAAAGGCUUUUAAUCCGAUUUGCAGCUUCAUUAACAACAGAAUGCAGCUCAAUGCGUUGCGCUCGAUGUAACAGAUAUUUUCCGAACUGCCAGAAGCUUUUAAUUUGUACUGCAUAACGCGAGAGAAAGAUGGAGAAUUGAAAAGAGAAUUGCUUAAUUCCAGAACAAACAAAUGCGCUCCUUUUGCCAUGGUGAUGACUUAAGUCAACAGAGAGAUUUAUUUCCGUUGGAAAAGCUGCGAGAGGCUGGAUAUGCGAAUGCGUAUAUAAAUCCAGUGAGUCGGACUUUACGACAAUGAGACCUGCGAAAAGUCAUUCAGUCGAAUGGACGGACGAACGGAAAAUCCUGCUGCACCAGAGGAAAACAGAGGCAGCCAUUUUGUCGGAUGCGAAUUAACAUGUCUGGGCUUUCUGGCUUUAUCCGCACAUACAAACAAACAUACACACACGCACUUACAACGAUGCAACUCUGCUGGCCCCAAAUAAUUUUCAGUUUUGUAGUUUUUAUACUGCAUGUUUUCCACUUCACAGGAUUUUAUGUUCCACUACGCUCGCACUUGGCUCAAGUGUUGGAAAAUACAAUUGCCUGAGCACUCGCACUAGGGAGCGAAAGGGGCAGGAGUAGAGCUAGGGCAAGGGAGAGAGAAGGAGAACAUUUCCGCAUUUUUGUUUCCUUUGGCUUUGUUGUUGUUGUACUGCUGCUGCGCCGCCAAAUGUUUUUGCCUUUGCCAAGAAGACAAUAAACUCUGGCAGUGUGCGUGUCUAGUUUUCGUUUAGAUGUGGAUGUGGACUACCCUAUAUAGCUGGGAUAUAGGACGACAUGGGUUUGGGAAAAGAGUCUAAGCGAAAAGCCUCUUGGUCCACAUUUCAAAAGAGAAACUUUGCUUUCUACAACUCAUUUUCACUUAUUAAAACAGAAACUUUAAAUAUUUUUGGCGAACUUUAAACUUAUUUCAAAUUUUAAGCUCAAGAAGCAAUUUACUUUAGUCUAAUACCAAAGUUUCUUAUUUUUAAAUAAAAUUCAUUAACUUUUCUAACUUAAGUAGGGUAAAGAGAGCCCCUCGAGUCCUAGUUUUGGCCAUUGUAUCUUGUCCAUGCGUUGGUUUUGUUUGGCCAAGCUUCGCACGUUUUUCAGCCCCAGCACACUUGAGUACUUUAUGCACGUUUUUUAUGAUUUUUGUCGGUGCAUUGUGUUGUUUUUCUUCUCUCCUCUUGUAAUUGUUGCUGUUGACGUUGCAGGUUGUUGCUCGCCUAACAAUGCACUCGGACUAAACACUCAUCGCUAAAUCCCGGCCCAUCUGCUAUUCUCGCUUCAUGUUGUUGUUGCUGCUGCCAAGAAGGACACUCACUUUCUGGCCAUUUUGUAGCUAAAAUGUAUCAAAUAUUGUGAUAAGACCAGGCAUACCACAAAGCCAGAUGCAAUCAACACUGUAGUCUGUAGCCUAAGCUACAUCAGCAGCAGCAGCAGCAGCAACAUUCUGGCCCAGAGGCGACAGUGUGGCAAAUAACUGUUUUCUUAUCCCCGACAUACACACACACAGACACACUCGCACAUGCCAGAAAACUCCAGUCGAGUGUGUGACAAGUUUUCCAACAGCUACAAAACAAAUUGCAAUGGAUUUAUUUUAUUUUCCUCGAUAAGGGAGAUCUCCCUUUCACCAUACUAAGUAGCUAGAGGAGAUAUAAGGAUAAUAUCGUAGUAUAAUAUAAUGUAUGUUUUUUGGAUAGAGAGGCUGCUGCUGAGAGGAGAGAAAGAGUAAAAUUUAGAGAUAUAUAUUGCUGUGUGU